AAAACGCAACUUUCGGUUCGGAAAGCCGUUAGACAACAAUCCAUCCCUGCAUGUGUUUCUUUCUCUCUUUUUCCUUUUCCUUUCUUUUCUUCUUCCUCACUUCUUCCAAACACUGAAUCAACGACGACGCGAGAGAAUGGCCAUGGCGAAGAGAUCCUCCAUCGGAAGCUUAAUGCGGAAGAAGCUUUCCGACAUCACAAACUCCGAUCACCACCACCACCUUCCGCCACUCGAUUCUUUCCCCUCCGAUCAAGAUUGCACCAUUCAACAACUCCUCAAGGAACGCGAGGCGUUGAUUCAACUCCUUGCAGAGAGAAAUAAAGUAAUGGAGACGAAUGGAGCAGAGGUGAAGAAACUGCGCGCCGAUAUCAAGAAGCUGCAAUUGCAGAAUUGGAGUCUUGCUCAGUCCAAUAGCCACAUGCUAGCGGAGCUGAAUUUGGGGAGGGAAAGGAUAAAAACACUGCAGCAUGAGCUUUUGUGGAGGGCUGCUUUGCUGAAAGGAAAGACCAUGGAGGAUGUACAGGAAAAAGUGGAGAUCGAUGCUCAAAAGAGUGCUUCAAUGUCACAAUCACAGGUGCCUAAGGAAGAAGAUGAAAAAGUAGUGCAGCCACCCCCUAAAGCUAGCAAUGAUGAACAGCAUGCCUCUAUGAAUAGAAGACGCAUAAGGAGUAGAUGUAAAUCUAUUGGUUCUUCUACUGCUUCCACAAAGAAUACAACCAAAGACAAGGAUAAAGACAAUAGAAGUUUGAGGAGACAUUCUGCUUCGUUCAAAACCCGUGAACACGAACCCCUAGAAAAUUUGUUUGAGCUAGAGGAUGCCCAAUAUCUUGUCACUCAAUCUGGACCUAACAUGCUGAGUUCUCCAGCUGUGAAAACUGAAACAGGAGAAAGCUCUGUUUCAAGAAAUGAAACUACAAGAUACUCUUUUGGAAGACCCCCGCGAAGAGCAGCUGAGAAGGUUCAAUCUUACAAGGAGGUUCCUCUAAAUGUCAAGAUGCGAAGAUUACAAUAAGCCAAAAUCAACUGGAUAGGAUUUAAUUCAAUGCUUUUUCUUCAGUUAUUUGUAUCAUAUGUUGAUGCUGAUUUGUGUAUGCUGUAUCUUAUGUUGUAUUCUGUGUUCUUCAUUUUCUGGUUAUUAAUCAAUUAAUUUGUGUACUUCCAUUA